UCCCACUUACAUCGAGAGAGAUCGAGCGAGAGAGAGAGAGAGAGAGAGAGAUGAGCGGGGUUGUUGAUCGCGGGAGUCUACGUUUCGUCUUCCUCCUUGUUGCGGCCAUCGCGGCCGACGCGUCCGCGCACUGCUCCGGCAGCGGUUCUCCAUUGGUAAGAAAUAUAAGCAAUAUACCUCAAAGUGACUUUGGGAGAGGAGGCUUGGCUCAUGCCACUAUUGCAGGUGCAGUUUCACAUGGAAUGAAAGAGGUUGAGGUAUGGCUUCAGACAUUUUCACCAGGCACACAUACACCAAUUCACCGGCACUCUUGUGAAGAGGUAUUUGUGGUUUUAAAAGGGAAGGGUACACUUUUACUUGGGUCAAGUUCAUUUAAGUACCCAGGGACACCUCAGGAAUUCCAUAUUUAUGCGAAUAGCACUUUUGCUGUCCCCGUGAAUGAUCCUCAUCAGGUAUUGAAUACAGAUGAGACCGAGGACUUGCAGUUGCUAGUUGUUAUAUCUCGUCCACCAGUCAAAGUGUUUAUAUAUGAGGACUGGAAUAUGCCCCACACUGCAGCCAAGUUGAAGUUCCCUUAUUAUUGGGAUGAAGAGUGUAUUCAUGUCAAAGAUGAGUUGUGAUAGCUUUUCUUGCAAUUAUGUAUGAGAUGAGGAGUGUUUCCAUGUCAAAGAUGAAUUGUGAUAUCCUUUCUGCAAUUACAUUUGAGCAAGUAACAUGUCAAGCAUAAUGAACAAACUUUUUUGUCUAAUGGUGCCCAUUUGAAAGAUGACUACUACCUUUUACAUGCCUUUUUAUU